AUGAUUUUGGUGGACGGGGACAAGUAUGCGUGCGAACAGUGCAUCCGGGGCCACCGAUCGUCCCAGUGCCAGCACAUAAAGCGCCAUUUAGUGCUGGUGAGGUCGCGUGGGCGCCCUGCCACGGAUUCCUCAAAAAGAAUAGCCAUUAUGGGAGAACAGCUCAUACCUGCUGAUUCGCAACACGAUAACCACGAACACUGCGGGUGUCCGCAAUCCCACAAUCCAGAGAACUCUGUCAUUGUGCUUAAGGCCAAUAAACGACAGGUGUUCAACGUUUCCAAAAAGUCCUUAAAACUGCUGGACCCCGUGAUAGAGGUGCCCAAUAAACAGGCAGGCCUGGAACUGAUCGCAAAUAGGAGCCACGGCCGCGGGAGCUGCCGGUCAAAAAGAGCGAAAAAACAGCCCGAGCACCGGAUGCCUGCACCUGCCACUUCUGCCAGGUACACAACCAGGGAGUGCCGCCGGACCCACCCACAGUCACGUGCGGCAAGGUGGAGGUGCAGCCAGAGCCUGCCAGCUGCGGUAACAGCAGCUACGAGGAGGAGUGCUGCUGUGCGGACGACGAUUGUGGCUGCUACAACUGUGAAAAGCACGGGAUUGUGA